AUGUCCAUCCUGUCGGCAUUUGCUUUGCCCUUUGCAGUCAAAAUCCGUGACCGCCGUGGUCAAUACGCCGCGAAAAGUGGUGCCAACCUUAUCACCACUACAACUGCCUACACAAAAACAUUUCAUGUCCGCGAAUAUCUCCUGUGGGUCACAUUCGCAAACCUCCUGCGUGACCACAUUCGCAAAGUGGCGGCCUCCACCGACACUGCCAGCGUCAUUGCCAUUAUCAGCACGAUCGAGAUCUUAAUGGCAAACACACCCAAGAAGCGUAUCGUUAUUAGCACGUCCGUGAAUAGAAUCUGCGUGGCCAUCAGGAGCUCAAACCACCGAAACGAGCAGCACCACCACCAACACAACAACGAAAAGCGAAAAGACAACACUGUCGGUGGAGGCCGCCACUUUGCGAAUGUGGUCACGCAGGAGCUAUUCGCGGACGUGGCGGCCUCCUUCAGUCCAAAGAAUCAAUAG